GGUACAAAAUGCCUACCUGAGUCUUUUUUAAUUCUCUUAUUCAGCAUCACCAAAAAUGAAACCAAACCCCGAGUGAGAGUGACCAACAUUUCAUGUCUUUGUUCAUUAGACUGUAAGAGGAGCACAUCACCAAUCAUGCAAGUGAGAAUGAUGCAGAGAACUGUCCCGCUAUUGUUCUGCUGCCUGUUACUUUCAGCGACAUCUUCCCCAGUCUAUCCACUGAGGUUCGGUCAGAGAGCGGCUGCGAUACUGAUGACCUCCUCUAUCGAGGAUCCAAUGCAGUUGCCAGCAGACACUUCAUCCCAAACACCAGACGCUGAGUUUAGGUUUGGAAGACAUGCUGACGCCAUCUUUACCAACAGCUACCGAAAAGUUCUCGGUCAAAUAUAUGCCAGAAAAUUCCUUCAAACUGUUAUGGGCAAAAGACUUGGACCAGAAACUCAAAACUAUGUGAAACGCCAGUCUGGCAUUUAUGGAGACACCUUCAAGCAAGAUGUGGAUAUGGAUGUCAUUGAGAGGGAACAAAGUUACAGAGAACCACAAAGACUUAAGUUCUCAGUAGUUACACAAUGAUUAAAAAUUAAUACAAAUCUGCGAACAGUCUUUAUACUUGCAUUGGCCACAUUUCACACUGGAUUAUUAAAUCUCAGUUCACCCUUCAUACAGUUUUCUGUGCACAGUGUAUUUUUACAGCCAGUUUUCAGAAGGUCUGCCACAGAAAUCAGGAGUCCCUACCUAAAAAUACACAAUUGUUAAAAUGUAUUUGACAUCCACACCUCAGCAAGUACAUAUGGUUGUAUAGCGGUAUAACUGAUCAUUCCCUAAGCCACUCCUUAAUAACACUGAUGACAAAUCCUACCUGAUAUUAGAACUCUUGCCAAAAUAUAUUGAAAAACAAUAAUAAAUAAAACUGUCACCUCUCACUAAUUGUAUUAUUUCUAAGUUGACAAGUAGAGUAUUACUCUCAUGAACAAUUUCAAACAUUUUAGAAAGACUAUAGAAAAUACAAGCUCCAAAGUAGAACCUCAAAGAAACAAGAUAAUACAAUUUAGUGAACAUACCUGUUAUCACUGACACACGAGUUUGAAAGCCUGACAAAAUUGAGCACACCUGUGAUUUCCAAUGCAUGACACCAUGAAAAUAGUGUUAAAAUAGCAAGCAACCAACUAAAAAAUGAACUCUGACUGAACACCACAACUUUCUAAAUUUUGGAUCUAUAGACUGUGGCUGAGCCCGAAAACUGACAAAUGCUGCCUUCGGAGGAUGCAUUCCAACGUAGGAAGGCAUCAAGGCAAGUCCGAAUCCAAUAUCAGCUUCACUUCGUGCCUCCUAAGAUGUCUUCGUCUGAUCGAUUUUUUGAAGGCAGCAUAGUUGUAUCCUUCGAUUCCUUUGACAUCCCACAAUCCUGUGUGUUCCAUUCCAUGACAGU